CGGUGGCGGUCGUGUUGGGAGAGUUCCUUUUUAGCUGAGAGACACGGGGACAGAGAGAGACACGGGGAGAGACACGGAGAGAGACACGGGGAGAGAUACGGGGAGAGAUACGGGGAGAUACACAGAGAGAGACACGGGGAGAGACACAGAGACACGGGGAGAGACAGCGGACGCUGUGGGAGUACGCGUCACCCAAGGUGAGACACGGGGAGAGACACGGAGACACGGAGACACGGGGGGAGACACGGAGACAGACACGGGGACACGGGGAGAGACACGGGGACACGGAGACACGGGGAGAGACACGGAGACACGGGGAGAGACACGGAGACACGGGGAGAGACACGGAGACACGGGGACACGGGGAGAAACACGGGGACACUGAGAGACACGGGGACAGACACGGGGAGAGACACGGAUACACGGAGAGAGACACGGGGACACUGAGAGACACGGAGGGGCAGUAACUUUAUUGAGGCCGGAACGCGGAAACUCAGAGAGCAGUGGGGAAGUCGCGUAGACACGGAAACACGGAGACACUGAGACGCUGAGAGACGCUGAGACACGGAGAGAGACACUGAGACACUGAGACACGGGGACACUGAGAAAUGGAGACACGGGGACACUGAGACACGGAGAGAGACACUGAGACACGGAGACACGGAGAGAGACACUGAGACACUGAGACACGGAGACACGGAGACACGGGGACACUGAGAAAUGGAGACACGGGGACACUGAGACACGGAGAGAGACACUGAGACACGGAGAGAGACACUGAGACACUGAGACACGGAGACACGGGGACACGGGGACACUGAGAAAUGGGGACACUGAGACACGGAGAGAGACACUGAGACACGGAGAGAGACACUGGGACACUGAGACACGGAGACACGGGGACACUGAGAAAUGGAGACACGGGGACACUGAGACGCUGAGACACUGAGAGAGACACUGAGACGCUGAGACACGGGGAGAGACACUGAGACACUGAGACACGGGGACACGGAGACACGGAGACACGGAGACACUGAGACACUGAGACACGGAGACACGGAGACACUGAGAAAUGGAGACACGGAGACGCUGAGACACGGAGAGAGACACUGAGACACGGGGAGAGACACUGAGACACUGAGACACGGAGAGAGACACUGAGACACGGGGAGAGACACUGAGACACUGAGACACGGGGACACGGAGACACGGAGACACGGAGACACUGAGACACUGAGACACGGAGACACGGAGACACUGAGAAAUGGAGACACGGAGACGCUGAGACACGGAGAGAGACACUGAGACACGGGGAGAGACACUGAGACACUGAGACACGGAGAGAGACACUGAGACACUGAGACACGGAGAGAGACACUGAGACACACGGAGACACACACUGAGAGACACACACUGAGACACCGAGACACAGUGAGAGACACACGGAGACACACACUGAGAGACACACACUGAGACACAGUGAGACACACACGGGGAGACACACUGAGACACACACACGGGUAGACACAUCACGAUGUCUCUCCGGCCGCGGGACGCUGUGGAGGAGAUGACCCCACAGCAACAGCAGCAGCCGCUGUGGAAACGUGAACUCCUGGACCGCAGGAGGAGGAAGGGGGUGCCCGACAUCUUGAGCCACCACCUUCAUCAGCAGCAGCAGAAGCAGCAGCAGCAGAAGCAGCAUCAGCAGCAGCAGCAGAAGCAGCAUCAGCAGCAGCAGAAGCAGCAGAAGCAGCAGCAGCAGAAGCAGCAUCAGCAAUGCCAGAAUCAGCAGCAGCGUCAACAGGAAAACCACCACCUCCAGCAGAAGCAGCAUCAGCAACAUCAGCAGCAGCAUCAGCAGCAACAGAAGCAGCAGCAUCAUCAUCAGCAGCAACAUCAGCAGCAGAAGCAGCUUCAGCAGCAGCAUCAGCAGCAGCAACAUCAGCAGCAGCAAUACCAGCAGCAGAAUCAUCAUCAGCAGCAGCAAUAUCAGCAGCAGAAUCAUCAUCAUCAGCAGCAGCAUCGUCAACAGGAAAACGACCACCACCAACACCACCAACAUCAGGACAACCACUACGUUCACCGCCACCAUCACCACCACCACGAUGACCACGAUUCGACGGGCGCGUCGGAUGGCGCCGGCGGUGCCAGCGAGGUGCUGGUUCUGCAGGAGAAGCUCCGUCCGGUACGCGAGAACCCCUUCGUGACGCGCGAGCGAGACCGGCGCUCCACCGCCGGCGGCCUCGGCCUGGGCCCGGGGGCCGCGCGGGCCUCUUCGCCGGCCCAGGACCCGCUGCUGGAGCUCUACAGCCACAUCCCGGGCAUCCGCACCAUCCGUGCCGACAACAUCAUCAUCAUCGAGUCCGACCCGGACUACUACCUGCAGCGGACUAAACCGGCGGUGCCGGCGGCGGGGUCGGCCGCCGCUGCCAGCGCCGGCGGCCCUCCGGUCACGGCCACGAUCAAUGCCCGGGAGGUCCUGGUGAUCCGCGACGGUCGGGACGACGGUGAGGAGGCCCGUUCGCCCGCCGACAGCAACGACGGGGGGGGCGGCUUCACGCUCCAGGGCCGCGUCAGCAGCCUCCUGUCGAGGUUCGACGGGCCCCGCGGCCGCUCCAGGGAGCCCGGCAACACGUGGGGGCCGAGGCGGUCGGCCAGCGCUGACGACCUGCUGAGGGGGGGCGACGACGAGCGGGGGGGCGGGGGGGGUGGGACGCCCCGGGGCAAGCGGCACGGCUCGCCGGACGGGGCCCCGCGCGCUCGCAAGUCCGCCACGGUCGCGGCGAGCCGCCCGCGUUCUCGGCCGACGUUGCCGCCGCCGCCGCCGCUGCUGCUGCCGCCGCCGCCGUCGCCCGGCGGGGGCCGCUCGGAGGGUUUCCUGGCCAACGGCGCCACGGGCCGGGAGCCGGGCCUCGUCUCGCCUCGCGACGGCGCCGCCGAGGAGCCGGGCAGCCCCUUCACGCCGCGGUCAAAGAAUUCGUUCACCGUGCACCCGGAGAAGAUCGCCGGCCUGCACCCGCCGGCCGCGUCCGCCGGGAACGCCUCCCCGAGGUCGCCGGAUCGGCUCAAACCGUCGCUUCCCGGCGGUAGGCCCGGGCCGCGCGGUGCCGGUUCGGCGACGAGGCCAAAAUCCCCGACGGUCCGGAGCUACGAGCUGCCGCGGCCGCCGCCGCCGGCGUCGCCCGCCAAAGCGUCGCCGCCCGCAACGACCCAGGGCUUGAAAUCCUGGACAUCCACCUCCCUCGACCUCCAUUCCACCUCCUCGUCGUCGGUGCGAGGCCCCGACCCGCCGCUGUUGCCGUUGCCCACGGCACGCGGCCCCCGCGUCCUGUCGGGGCCUAACUUUGAGAUCCGUCCGGCGGUACGACCGGACCUGGCCGACGUGGCCUCGUCCGGGGACAGGCAGGCGCAGGCCCUCAACAUUCUCCGCCGCGAGUCCGGCUACUCCAUCACCGUCAUCCCCAAGCCCCGCCAGCCCGCCGGCGGGGCGGCCGUCGCGGUGGCCGCCGAACGGACCGCCGACGCGCGGGGCAGGGAGCCGAUGCCCGACUCGAACCCCGGGCCGAACGGCAAGUCUGCGCCGACAGCUGCCGCCCCGGUGCCGGAAUCGCCACCGCCUCCUCCCCUUUCUCCCAGGCCGCCCGUCGUCUCGUCCCCCACCUUUCGGCGGCCGGCCGCCGCCAUUCCGCCCCUGCCGCACCGCGCGCCGCUGUCACCUCCGUCGGGCCGUUCGGCGUCGGCGUCGGCGGCCCCUUCGCCCGUCCCUCCGGCCUCCCCUCCGCCCGCCAGGAGCCCCCUCGGGCCUUCCCCGGCCUACGCCGCGGAAGACGCGACGCGGGACGCGCCGCUGCCCAAGUCGAACAUCGACGACGUGAUCCUAGGACCGCCGGACAGCCCGGGCAUCCGCAUCAAGCGCGGCAUCGGCAACAGGGCAUCGGGGGGUGCCACCAUUACCAAGGAGCCGGGCAAUUCCUACCGGAUCACGCCGGCGCCGCGGAAGCCGGCGGUCCCGGACGCGGGUCGCGCCGAGGUGGACGCUGGGACCCCGACGCCGACGCCGAGGGUGUUGGAGAACACCCACACGCCGCUCGGUCAGCUGGUAAAGAAGCGGUUCCCGCCGGCCGACGAGAUCGAGGUGAUCGGCGGCUACCAGCGCCUGAGCAAGUCCUGCCUCCUGUCCGGUGCCCGCAACAAGAAGAUGAAGAUCUCCUUUAGCGAGUCGGAGGCGAUGUUUGAGUAUCCGUCGGAGAGCUCCCUGCUGGAGGGGCUGGACUCUGACGAUGAGGGCGGAGGAGGUGGAGGAGGUGGGGGCAGCUCCUCUGACGAGGGUGGAGGGGACGAGGAGGAGGAGGGGGAUCCUUGCAUGGACUGCCUUUGA